AUGGCCUCUUCAACUAAUAUUGAUUUGUCUGCCUCCACAUAUUGUGUGUUAACAGGAGCUUCUCAGGGUAUUGGCAGAGCGAUUGCUGUCGAAGUCUCCAAACUCCUCGGCCCCAACUCUUUGAUGUUGCUACUGGCACGCAAUAAACAAGAAUUGGAGAAAACUGCAAGUCUCUGCGAGUCUAAUAAUGUUAAAGUGCUAUUUGAAUCGGUCGACUUGUCCCAAGCGUCUAACCAGGAAAUGAAGGAUAUCCUAGAAAAGUCUUUAGAAGGGAAGAAUGUAGCAGAUUUUGCAUUAAAUCUUAUUUUUCACAAUGUCGGUUCCCUUGGUAAUUUAGCUGUGGAGACAUCACGAAUGGAGAAUGUUGACGAGUUGAGGGAGUAUUAUGAUCUGAAUGUUUUUAAAGUUAUCUCAUUGAAUACUCAGUUUCUUAAAAUCUUCAAAGAGGUUGAAGACAGGAUUGUAAUUGUUAAUGUAACUUCGUUGUGUGCCAUUAAGCCAAUGGGUGGUAUGGCGUUCUACUGCAGUGGGAAGGCAGCGAGGGAGAUGUAUUUCAGAGUGCUCGCUGAGGAAAAAAAGCAUGUCCGUGUACUGAAUUAUUCACCAGGUCCUGUAGAGACAGCCAUGAUUGACUAUGUGCUGGCGGAAGCUGUGAAUGAUAAUCUCAGGGAUGUAUUCACAACCUUCAAAAACCAGGGCACAUUGUUAAAACCUGAAAUAACAGCAAAGAAAUGUAUGAAGGUUCUGCAAUCAGGCAAAUUUACACCUGGGGAGCAUGUUGAUUAUUUCGAUGAUGAAUAACUUAGAUUCCUACUCUCGUACUAGCUCUCUAAAUAUUUGUAGCUUUCUUACUGAUAGUGUGUUAAUUGCCAAAUUUAAUAUAUUAUAUUUAUAUAGAAUUAUAUCUUCUAGUGUUAUAUAUUUACAAUGUCAUAGGCAUAUUACUCGAUACAUUCCUUUUUAGUGAGUAUAAAUAUGUUAAACUUCACAUCUAUUUUUCGAAGCCAAAUUGUGGAACUUGUCAUGAAACAAAAAUUAAUUAGCACAGACUCCAGAUUAUCAUGCUGAAAUCGCGCAAUCUUUGUAUGUAUAAU